UUGACCUUCAUUUAUAUCUUCUUUUUCAAUUAGAUAUGUAGAUUUUAUGAAGAAGUAUUCUAACCCAAACAUGACAAUUUCUUUCUCUUCAGAGCGGUCUAUUCAAGAUGAACUGGACAGAGAGAGUCAGUCAGAUGUUAUUACUAUUCUCAUCAGCUACCUCAUCAUGUUUGCUUAUGUUUCUAUAGCAUUAGGAAGAUUUCAAGGUUUUCAACAUGUGUUGGUCAAUUCCAAGGUUACACUAGGUUUAGGAGGAGUAGUGAUUGUUUUAUUAUCAGUGACAUCAUCUCUUGGCAUCUUCAGCUAUGCUGGUGUUCCAGCAACACUUCUCAUUAUUGAGGUUAUUCCAUUCCUUGUUCUAGCAGUUGGGGUUGAUAAUAUUUUCAUCCUUGUCCAGGCUUAUCAUCGAGACAAUAGGCUUGAGAUGGAAUCUCGGGAAGAACAGAUUGGACGAAUUCUGGGCGAGGUUGCCCCAUCUCUGCUAUUAGCUAGUUUUUCAGAAUCAUCUUGUUUUUUCUUAGGUGCCCUCUCCAGUAUGCCAGCAGUUCAUAUUUUCUCCCUGUAUGCAGGCUUGGCUUUGCUCAUAGAUUUUUUACUCCAGAUCACAUGCUUUGUAGCAUUACUUUCCUUGGAUUCUAGGAGGGCAGAAGCACAUAGGUUUGAUGUUCUAUGUUGUGCAAAGGCUGAAAAACAUGAAUUGUUAGGUAACCAUGGAAACAGCUGGCUCUUUAUUGUCUUCAAGAAUUAUUAUGCUCCAUUUCUAAUGAAAACACCUGUGAGAGUCACAGUGCUAACUAUUUUUGUUGGCUGGCUGUGUUCUUCAGUAGCUGUUCUUAAUCAAAUAGAUGUUGGACUAGACCAGAAACUCUCCAUGCCUCAGACAUUCUAUGUUGUGAAAUAUUUUGAAGCCUUGAACAAGUACCUAUCAGUUGGAGCUCCUGUUUAUUUUGUAGUGAAAGAUGGUUACAACUAUUCAGACCAUCAGCAGCAGAAUUUGAUCUGUGCAUCUUCUGGAUGUAGCCAGCACUCCCUUCUCAGUCAGCUGUCUCGUGCUGCCAACUUGUCUUCUCAAACGUACAUUGCCCAUUCAGCCACAUCAUGGAUUGAUGAUUAUUUCAGCUGGGCUGCGAAUCCAUCGUGCUGUCAUGUCUUCCAAAAUCAUAGUUAUUGUCCUUUAGCUGAAGCUCACCUUAAGCAUUGUAAUUCCUGUAACAUAGUGGAUCCACAUGACAGGAGAGUUUUGUCUUCGGACUUUGUAACUUACCUCCCUAGCUUCCUUAGUGAAAAUCCCCUGUCUGUUUGUCCCAAGGGGGGACAUGCAGCAUAUUUUAGUGGAGUUGAACUUUUGCAUAAUGACACAAAAAUAGGAGCAACUUAUUUCAUGACCUACCACACUGUGCUUAAAACUUCUAAAGACUUCACUGAGGCUUACAAGUGGGCACAUGAUAUUAGUACCAACAUUACUCACAUGCUCCGUAUUAAUGGGACAGAUGAGGAUGCCAGUGUUUUCCCGUACAGCAUUUUCUACGUAUUUUACGAGCAGUACCUAACAAUGUGGCAUGACACCAUCUCAAAUCUAGCCAUUACAAUCUCGGCAGUUUUUGUUGUCACACUGAUUCUCUUAUGCCUUGAUGUUCAUUCUUCUAUCAUCAUUGUUCUCACAAUAAUCUUGAUUAUCAUCAACUUGAUGGGUCUCAUGUAUUGGUGGAAUAUCAGUCUCAAUGGUGUAUCUUUAGUCAACCUUGUAAUGGCUGUUGGUAUUUCUGUGGAGUUUUGUUCUCACAUUACUAAAGCUUUUGGUAAAAGUUUGAAAAAAACCAGAGUCUUACGAUCACAAGAUGCUUUGGCCAGAAUGGGUAGUUCUGUUUUGUCAGGAAUCACACUUACUAAGUUUGGAGGAAUUGUGGUACUUGGGUUUGCAAAAUCUCAAAUUUUUGAAGUAUUCUACUUUAGAAUGUAUCUGGGUAUUGUACUUAUUGGAGCUUCUCAUGGAUUGAUUUUUCUACCUGUUCUGCUUAGUAUUGCAGGACCUGCACUGAAACAGGCAAGGCUCAGAGGCCGGAAAUUGUCAUCUUUUUCAGAGAGCAAUUCGCCAGUUGUGAAAGGCACUUCUCUUCCAGAAGACAGUGUUGGCGGGUAUAUUUAAAAUAGUUGCUGAAAAUGUGAACAGAAUUGCUCUCACUUAAGGCUUGGAUUAAAUCAUGCACCUUGACCUUCUUUCAAAAUACCUUAGUAUAUUCUGUUUUUUUAUUUUAUUAGCUGUUAUGAGAAUACCCUGCUUCUCUUUUUUUGUUCUUGUUGUUUGAAUGACAGUUUAAUAGUUUUUAUAGGAAUCUUAAACUUGUUUCUAGAAAUAAAAGUAUGAGUUUACAAUGAUGUUUCAAACUAUUCUUAUUUGCAGACCUAUAAACUGUAAGUUUGAAUCAAGAAUGCAUUUGUUUUUUACACCUAACCGAAUGUUGUUCUUUUUUAUAGGGAAGAUUUCAGUAUAGUUUCUUCUCAAAUUUUCUUAUUGAUAUUGUUUUAUACUGGUAUAAGUCCAAAUAAUGGAAUUUGUCUGCAGUAAUCUACUUUUAUGAUAUCAGUCCAUUUUUUCUUUACCCGUGCUUUGUCUUAAAUGCAGUCAUGUUUCCGAGUAAAGUAUGAUUUUCAAUUAUUGUGUUGUGAUUUUUCUCAGUAACAUUAGGUUGUGUUGUUAAUUCUUUUUAAGGAUUUUCAAUCACUGUUUCUUAGGUUUUGUCUCUCUUUAACGCAUACAAUAAUGUCAAUAUAAGGUUAGAUUUGAGGUAGUUUGACACCUAUAGAAGAUUUCUAAGAUGCCCAGAACACUAAAGGAGUAAAGCAUGGGUAAUAAUUAUUUUGUUAUGUAUAUAAAUGCAUCAGAACUGGCAUAUUCCAUGUUUCAUUGAUAAUGGAUUUUGUGCUGAGCCUUUGGUAACAGAGACUUUUAUAUGAGUAUGUUACUCUGUUGGCUGUAUAUAAUUUGUUUGAAGUUUCAACAUAAGCAAUUCAUUCUUCAAACCACAAACAUGUUGUGUGGAAUAUGUAAUUGGAAUUUUGUAGAUCAAUCAGAGGUAAAGUCUUUUUAGUGCAUUCCAAUGAAAUAUAAAAUCCUAGAUAAAGCUGUAUAAAUACAUAUUAUUAACAAAACUCUGAUUAGUGAGAUCUACAUAAUAUUAGCUUCUUUCUUUAUAUUAUCUGAUAUAGAACGAUUAACUGGAUAUAAAACUUUCAAACAACAUAUCUAUUAAAGUUCCUUUAUGUUAACUUCUACCAUAUAGUCUGAACAAAUUAUGUUUGAAUAUCCGAUAUUUUAUGUUGAGGCUUUUGUAUUGAUGAAGAAAUGAUAUAUUUUAUUAAGUACUAAUAAACUUGUAUACAGUUGA